ACUUCCCUUAUUCUCUCUCUCCUUUCUGUUUCCAGUAUUUCUAACACAGUUUUUCAUUCCAUAAUAGCAUUUGAAUUCCAGAGUUACAUAAUUGUUGUACCAUUCUAAAGCAGACUUUGCCACCAAUCAUCUCCAAGACCACAGAAAAAAGGGAUUUGUAAUCAACGGACCUAGUGCAUUAGUUACAGAUAUUGUUGGUAUAUGGAGUCUGAAAAUGGGGUUCCAGUAGAAGUGGAAAAGAUUGUUGUGGCUGAGGAACAAAAUGUGGAUUUAAAGAAAGAGGAGAACAUUAGUGAGGAUAAGGCUGAUGAGACACCAAAUUCAUCUGUAGCCAAAACUGAAUUAUCUGAAAAUGUUCCGAAAAGUAAAGCUAAGGUAUCCAUUAGUGGUACUAAAAAGAACAAUAAAAUGGCUAAGAAUUCAACAGGCUCGUCUGCAUUGACUCGUUCGAAAAAGGGAAGUAUUGCGAAAAGCCUUUCAUUCCCCGCAAGAGGCGCCAAUGCUGACAUAACGAGGAAGAGCAUCGAUGUUUCUACAAAGAAAUCGGAUUUUAAACCUUGGAUACCAAAUGGGGUGACACACGAGGCUUCACAUUCGAAUGGAACAGUACUCUCGCCAGCUUCUCGUUUAAAGAAAUCUGUCCCGAGUCUUCGUCAAUCGCUGUCUGUGAAGUCUAUUUCGGCCAAUAGAAUUGCAAAGAAAGCUACAUCUGAAGGAUUAAACGAUGCAAACACAACACCUAUUAAAGCUACAUCGCCUCUUAAAGACGAUGAGGACGCCCGUUCUGCUACUUCCUCCAAUGCAACUCGUGGCAGUGCUGGAUUUUCGUUCAGGUUGGAAGAACGUGCUGAAAAGCGAAAGGAGUUCUUGGCAAAGGUGGAAGAGAGGAUACAGGCCCGAGAAGAGGAAAAGAGUAACUUGCUUGCAAAAUCCAAAGAAAACCAAGAGGUAGAGAUAAAGCAAUUUAGGAAGAGCUUGACAUUUAAAGCUGCUCCUAUGCCAAACUUCUACAAUGAACCCCCUCCUAAAGUUGAGCUGAAGAAGAUACCAACAACACGCGCCAUAUCUCCUAAGCUCGGAAGAAAUAAGAACUCCACAUCCAUGACUAAUAGUUCGGAAAGUGGAGGGUUCAGUCCAAAAGUGAUCAAGGAACAGCAUAAGUCACCCGUAUCCAGUAAAGAUAAUGUUGCUUCAAAAGGGAAGCCAGUUAAGAAGAAUUCACAGAGUACAACUGCUCAAUCUCCAAAAAUCUCGGCCACUAAAGUGAAACCUGUUGAAAGAAAAUCAAAACUUGCUGAAGCAAAGGGUUCAGAUGAGAAAAAAUGUACAGAAAAAACAGAAGAAAUGGAAAUUCAACCCGAUUGUGCCCCAAGUCUGAAAUGAAUCCAGUCAUCGUGCAAGCUGAAGUCAGUGUUGAAGGUUAAGGAAGCACUUAAUGAAGUUCUUUUUCUGUAUUUAUUCACAGGCUUUUUUUGUUUUAUGAAAGCGUUUUGUUCUUCGUUAUAGACUUUUUUUUGUUCGCUGAAAGCGUUUUGUUCUUCGUUGAGUUGUGAAUAUGGUGUAUAUGUUGCGGUUACAA